GCGAAAGAAUAUGUCAGAUAAUUCAGGGUAAUUGUUUGGUUACUCUAUUUAGGGGCAUGUAAUUCGAUGAAAAUCGGGGGUGACUGAUGAUUCAGGGGGAAUUGGACGAAAAUAAGAGCUGAGGAUAAAUGAAUGGAGGCAAAGUCUUCUGCCAGAAAGAUAGAGUACGUAGUCCAACGUCUCUAUGACGACGACUGUGAAGGAUGAUUAACUGGGAUUGCGAUGACACGUCUUGGCUGUUGUGGACAUUCUGGCUUUUGUAUUUUCAUACCUAUGACAAUCCGCGUUGUUGCGGGUGUUCGGGGUUCAAUCUGAUUGUAUUAUUCUUAGGACUGUGGGUGGAGAAAUUCCUGGGGGAUUGCAACUUGACCUUAUUCCGAUGAUUUUUCACUUCAUUUUCAAAGCUGUCAGGAGUGAAUUUAAAUCCCAAUAAAACAUGACAUUGCACUUAAUAGAAAAAGGGACAUCCAUGAACAGUGAUUUAUUAAAUGGCAAGACGAUAAAAAUUUUAUUUAGGGCUAAUAAAUCUUGAGAGUUCAAAUCAGAGAAAAAACCAAAUUAAAGAUGUUGAUUUUUGGCUGAAAUGGAAAUAAAUAAAAUUUCCCUGUCCCUCAAAUAAAUCCCUGAGAAUCAUCUCCACUGGAGUGUAUAAAUACUCAUUAAAACAGUUCUCAUUUCUGCCCGUGAAAAAAAAAACUGAUAUCUAUAUCGUGGGUGGCGCCUAGACAUUCGGACGCCAAACGUGAGCCUGUCCUAGCUCGCGGUUGACGUGCGCAGAAGAGAAAUACAAAUCAUAGUUUAACCAGUCCGCCAAGAUGAGCUAUAUUCCCCCGGAAAAAGCACAACAGUUACAUCACGCAAUCCGAAUGAAAAGAAAAAAAUCAAAAAUUCACGUGAGAACAAGCGAACGUCAGAUUAUAAAAAGAAAUCUGAGGGGAACAAAGUUGUGUUCCAAAACGUAAAAAUAAAAUUUGUCUCUGCGGAAUAAACGACUGGUGAAUCGGUCCUUGGAUGAUUCUUGGCAUACGAAAUAGGCACCACAGACGCAGUAGGUCAGGCACUAUGUUUCAGUUUCUUGGGAGCAAUCCCUCGCACGAGAGCCACACGCGUGUAUUAUAAUCGCGCCAAAAUAUAUUCAACGGAGUUAACAAUCGAGAAUUUUGCAUUCAUUCAAAUAUACGUGACAUGUGCUUGCGGUGGAUUAUUCAGUUGUGACAGCCAAUUACAAUUUUCCAUCUCUUUUUCAUACCUCCAAUUUUCUUUCAUUCUUUUAAUUUUUUCCGAAUGACAACGAGUUAAGGGGUGCGAGGGGGCGGCUGUAAGGGUGAGAAUAAUGCCGGGAGACAGUGAAUCAUGUGAACAGUGUCCAGGUGCAAGCACGAAGAGUCUUGGGGUUUCACGUGGAGCAGAUUGCCGGGGAUGAACGAUCCUCGGGGUGCGAGGAGUGGUACAGGCACGAGAAUUCUGAAGACGAGGGACACAAACGGCAAGAGGAGGACCUCAGGGUUCAAUCCGACUACGAUUGACCACCAGAGUCGGGAAGUUAGCGUGAUGGAUGCCAUCGGGGCACUUUAUUUUCUGUUUCACGUGAGCAGGAUAAAGAGCGAGGGAAUACUGCUGAGGCUGCACGUCCUCACAGCUGCAUUAAUGCUGACCUUCUCCAUAAUCGUAUCUGCCAAACAGGCCGUGGGAAAUCCGAUAGACUGUGUGCAUACGAGGGACAUACCAGUGGAGGCAUUUAACACGUAUUGCUGGAUACACAGUACGUAUUUUGUGACUGGAGCGAUGCUCGGUGUUGCCGGGGUCAAUGUCGCAUUUCCCGGUGUAGCACCCUCGGUUUAUCUGUUCAAUAAACCACGACAGGACGAUCAACAAGAGAACAAUCGACGAGGGGAUGGCACUAUCAAACAGGUUAAAUAUUACCAGUGGGUUGCAUUCACCCUGAUUUUCCAGGCAAUACUGUUUUAUACACCGAGAUGGUUGUGGAAGGGCUGGGAGGGCGGCAAGAUUCACGCCCUGAUGAUGGACCUCGACAUCGGUUUGUGCUCCGAGGUCGAGAAGAAGCAGAAGAAGAAAAUGCUUCUCGAUUAUCUGUGGGAAAAUCUACGCUACCACAACUGGUGGGCCUACAGAUAUUAUCUCUGCGAAGUGCUUGCCUUGCUGAACGUUGUCGGUCAGAUGUUCCUCAUGAAUCGUUUUUUCGACGGUGCAUUUCUCACGUUUGGCAUCGACGUACUGAGGUUCAUAGAGUCCGACCAAGAGGAUCGUGUCGAUCCCAUGAUCUAUGUUUUUCCGAGGAUGACCAAAUGCACUUUUUACAAGUACGGAGUCAGUGGAGAAGUGGAGAGACACGAUGCUGUGUGCAUACUUCCGCUGAAUGUUGUCAACGAGAAAAUUUAUGUGUUCCUUUGGUUCUGGUUCCUGUUUCUUGGGAUUCUCAGCCUUGUGACUGUUUUGUACAGAAUUGUCAUAAUAUUUUCCCCUCGCACCAGAGUGUACCUCCUCCGCUUGCGAUUUCGUCUCGUCCGACGAGAUGCGGUGGAGACAAUAGUCCGUCGAAGCAAAGUCGGCGAUUGGUUUCUCCUCUACAUGUUAGGGGAAAAUUUGGACACUGUCAUCUAUCGGGAUGUGAUGCACGAGCUGGCGAACAAAUUGGCUACUCGACAUCAACACGGUGUGCCCGGUACAAAAGGAGAUCUGCAAGAGGCCUGAUGCAGGUGCGAUGAUUCAUUGCUGCACAGUAGAUUAGGAACUUCAUGCUGUUUGGCAUUGAAACGGUUUUAGACUGGAGCCAACGGUAUAUUUGUCAGGUGUGAUUGGCCGCAGUUUGUUGGACAGUGCAAACACGAUAUCCUAAUAUUUUUUUUAAUUGGACAUUUGUGUCCAAAAUCGAGGAAACUUAGAGGGAAAAAGAUUAUGGAUUUUCUUUCCAGAGACCUCUCUCUUUGAAUUUUUUCGAGAAACCAGCGCCUGUAUCGUGCACAUCUCCGGGAUGAUAAUGAAUGAACUAGGAAGUGCCCGAAAGAAGAACGAUAUCGUGAAUAAAAAAGGCAAUGAACAUUAACGACGUCCAAGUGAUGUUUCGUAUCUCAAAGUACCAAACUGGUUGCAUUGAAUCGUCCAGUCGCUUCUCCAAGAUGAAAACGGGUUCUCAAAAGGCAUUCUUUCUGACUGCUCCCGUCUGUUCACCCAUCGUCGAGCAGAAUAAACGAGAUUGUAAUUUUAUUGUGCAAGUGCCAAAGUUAAAAGACGUGCCAUCUCAAUUGUAAUUGUCCUGCAACGAGGAGACGACGAAAAUGAACAGUUGAAAUUUGCGAAUCGUUGAUUCGGAGAAUUUCAUUCAAUUAUAGGAUUAAGUAUUAUUUAAUUCGCUUGAGAUUAACCGACGAAUCUAGUCCUUUUCUAGUCAAAUCGGAAGAUUGUUGGAAUUGUUUUAAUAUAAUAGACGAAGAGGGAGAUUUUACGACAGGUUAGAUCUGUCGAUGUGUCACUCAUCUGCCAUUUUCGCCUUAUUUUUUGUAAUCACAGUGGUGUGGAGGACCAAAGACGAGGUUUUAUUAUUUUUCGAUGAUUAAAUAAUCCUCAAUUGUGCCUAAUUCUUGAGAAUACUAAACUGUCGAAGAUUUUUAAAAUGUAUGAACGAGCGAGGAUGGAGGGAAAAUAAAAUGUACCCGAAAUUACUGAGAAAAAGGAAGAGAAGAAAUAUAAUAAAGAGAAAAUUUCUAGCAGCCCUUUACCCAUCAAUUUGCCACGGGCUUUUUAAAUUCCAUUAAAUACUUAAAUUAAUAGAAUUAAAAUAAUGAUAAAAAUGUACGAACGUACGGUAGGCGAGACCAACAAAUUAAACUCCUACGACCUUUUUCUCUAACCUCCAGUCUAUCGCCUAAUCAAUUUAAUUCCACAGAGAGAACGAGAAAAAAAAAGUUAAUUCAACAGAGAAGAGCAGAUAACAGAGGGGAUGAUGGAGAAAAAUAGCCGGGGGCAUUGCGGAAGUGGUAAUAAUAUAUAUUCCGCGAUGGUGAUGCAAAAGGAAUACGAUAGAAAUCGAAAUAAAAAUGGUGAGAGGGACGCUCGUGCGGGCGAAUGAAUGGGACGGGGGCUCUCCAGCGAUAUACCCCCGGAACGAUAUCUAUCCAGUGUAUAUUUUCCCUUCACUUCUGUCCACCAGGAGGGGGAUACGAGAGAGUGCGUACUACCGAUAACCCAGGGAGCUUAGCUGCCGUAUUCGGUGACCACUUCUCAGUUUCCUUCGCCCGUAUAAAUGCAUCCUGAGGGCCUCCACACACAAUCCAACCGGUUUCAUCAUUUCCCUCCCCUCUCUUUAAAUAUAUACAUAUAUAUAUAUAUAUAUGUUUCUGGGGGCCUUUGUUAUUUUUUUUACCUGCGGAUCUUCUCGAGUGACUGUUUUAUCUCAUUGCAUCUUCGCGGUCACCAGGAGUGGCUCCGAAAACACCGGGCGGCAUUAUCGCAACACCACAACUGAAAGUGCCGACGUAAUUUUUAGGCCGGGGAGUGUUAAAGGGGUUUCAAGACUCAGGGGUUAUUGUUUUUUGCGGCGAGGGCCCUAACCACUGGCUUUAAAUGUUUCUUAAUUUUUUAUUACUCCGUCGUUGCAGCUCUCUCGAAUUGCAUAAUUUUGGAGGAUUUUUCUUGAUUAAGCUUUUGAUAGAAAUAAAUGUCGCAUUCCUGAAUAAAUUUCGCAACUUGAAAAAUUUCAAGGUUUUCGUGUCUCUGGACAAUUGCGUAAGAGAAAAGUGGUUUCCCGGUAAAGGAAAAAGCCGAGGACUCACUGUGGCCCGAGGUGUCCACUACUCUUUUUACGAUUCUCUCCAGUGCAUGUGAAGUACGUCAUUCCCAUGCGAGAGAGAAAUCACUUGGCAUUUAGCAUUGCCUCGACGUUUCCGCAAUUGAGGGAGAGGAUUCUUCAAAAGUCGGAAUAUCUUCCGGUAUAACGGACGCCCCGAGUUAUGAAUUAUGAACUGGUUCAAUAAAGGGCUUGAAACGAAUAGAAAAAUUUUUAACGCGACCAGGAAAUAUUUUUUUUCAAUUUUAUAAGAAUAAAGUAUGAUAAAUAGGGGUAUUAUUCAAUAAAAAUAAGUGAGAUUACGUUUCCAUUUUUCUGACGGCCUCACCAAUGCUCCUGUUAUCAGUGAGGUUUCCUUUCUACACGACACCCCUCACGAAUGUCUUCGAGUGUAGGUUCACAGCACUGAAAUACUCCAUAAAAAGCUGCCACACCUCGCUCUCCUGGUUGACAUAACGUUUAUGUCACUUUUCAGCUUCGCAACACCGAACUCGUUUCCGUGAAAGGAGUUUCAUCAGAAACCAUACAAAUAUUUAGACCACAAAUAUUGAAAAAAACAAGGGAAUCUUCAUACUGCAAUUUUUUAUUCGGUGGAACUCAUUUUUUCCCUCAGCAUAUUUCAUUCAUUUCUUUUUUCGAUUAUAAAAAAUUUAAGACACCAGAAUCUUCGUGAGUGAAGUGAAUCGAGGGAAUUGAAUUCGCUCUCGGGAUGGAAUGGAACAGUUCACAUCGGUCUUGAGAGGAAUACCUUGGAGGCAAUGGUAGAUAUCAGAUGAAUUCAAUGAUACGCGACAUCAUGUCAGAGAAUUCUUGAACUAAAAUUAUGGGGAUACGCCGGGAGGUUUCCAGAAGCUCCUCCCACAUGAAAACGUUACUUUCAGUUGACUUUAGCAAACUUGUUUUUCAA